AUGGCGGAACGUCGGUCAAUCUAUGGAUCUGCGAUAACUCUGCAACAGUCUGUGACUGAUUCAUCCUCUCUUCCUUUCCCCAGAUCUCUUUCGACGCCUCCGUCCAGUGGCUCCCCGCCUCUCCGACCAGUCUCUCGAUCAGCUUCGGAAUCAGAGUACCCGUUCCCAGACCGUCAUCUUGCAGGUGUCAGAAAGGUCUCGGAACCGGCUUUCAUCGCGACAAGCACAGCGACGACAUCGUCGACAGGUAUAGACUUUUCAAGCUCGUCGUCCGCCAGUGGUAAACCGUCCCCUUUUGACAUUUCAAAUCCUUUCGACCCGGCCUUUCAGCCCAGACCGAGGGACACCAACGCCGCCUCGGCCCCUGGUUGCCCUAGUCCACUGAGUAGGACGGUAUACAGAGAUAAUUUGAUCGAAUACGAUUCGCAGGACGAAAAUUCACCGCAUACCAUGUCCUCUGCCACUUCCUCGUCUGAUACUGAUGAAGGCAGCAGGAAAAGCGUGGAGAUCAUACCAGAGCACAGGGUAAAUUCGGACGUCGUACAACCAGCCAAUCGAGCUUCGACAGUUCCAGUGGUGGUUCCGAAAACUCGACCAAAGAGCAGUAUUCUUUCAAGAUUAUUGCGACAUUCUGAAAGUGACAAUGGAUCUGAUAGGCCCGUUGAAACCUCUGGCGCCAUGACAUACGUCUCGGAUGUCCCUGCAAGUAUGUCGAAAGGGAGCAAGAGGAAAUCGACGACGAUCACCACGGAUAAAUGGGCCAAGCGGGCUUCACGUAAAGCGCCACCGCCUCCCAUCAUCAGUCAUGAGGAAGAUGGGGAGCCCCUCGCAGCUUUGGGGAUACAGCUGUCCAGGCAAAACGGCAAUGGGAGUGGGUCGCCAUUGCGACACAUGUCUAGCUUUCUGAGACGGAAGAGUGAAGAUGAUAGAGGGAUGACGGGAGACGAAGGGGACGAUGAUGAAGAGGAAGCGAGUUGGGAGAGAGUCAAGGAACUGCCUCGAGUCUGUCUGUUCCCGCCAGAAGAGGACCUCUCUGAGCCCAUAACGCUCUACCCUCCGCCCGCGCCCGUCCACCUGCGUCGUCCGCCAAGUUUGAUUCUUGCGCGAGAAAGGUCAACUCAAAACUCUUCCCGCUCAUCAUUGUACUCUAACCCGAGCAUCGGUGCAGGAUCCGGAAGAGACAUGUGGGGCGGCAUGUCAGGAGGUUUCUCUAAACCGCCUCCAGUGUUCCGACGCCAACUACCAAAGAGGGGAAGUACACUUCCCGAUGGAGUCAUCAUGCCAAAGAGGAGAGAUCAAGUCGAAAAGGAACAUCAAGAAUGGCGGAUGAGCUUGAUCAAUCAGGAAAUGGAUGAAUUCGACAUGGCAUGGAAAUCAGCUCAAACGCCUCCCAUGAAUGAAGCUUCUCCUCCUUCUCGACUGGUGAUUCGACAACAGAGUCUCCCUGUGGAUACUCCGGAGCCUCAGACUAGUCCAGAAGUCGUCACUGCACCAGCAGAACCGGUCCAGCCUCCUGCCGAGAUGCCCGUUCCGUCACCGCCUCCUCGUGGGAUCUAUGAUCAGCCUGUCGUGCUUGAUUGCGCAGAGAGAUCGACCUCUGUACCUCCUUCCAUCGACUUUGGAGCCUCACCACCGCCCCUGGAGCUUGUGUCUCCAGGCAAUGCAGAGCUGACAACGGAUAAGCCGGCGCACACCGAGAUGGUGGACACGACUAUCUCUGGGCCGGUGGGGCACAGCGCGCCGCCUCUGUCCGCUCCCUCGGCAACUUCUUUCGUGCAACCGGCCACCUCCAGCGAACGACCGCUUUCAUCCCUUGAGCGCGUGCGUCAAGCUGCUGCGCCUCCACCCAUGCAACGCCGGGUUUCUGAAGAGUCGAAGGAGACGACCUCGACGUCUUCUCUCACUUCUCGAUCCAGCUCUUCCAACACUCGUAACAGACGAUCAAUGUCCUUGACGUCGUUACUGGCUUCCAAGUCGAAAGAAGAACCUCCGCCACCUGUCCCUUCUGGCGAAGCCGCCGCUGCACCCGCACCCAAACUCAUAAAGAAGCAGAGGAGUUUGAAGCGUUUUUUCUUCUCUUCUGAUAAUCUCGCCAAGGAUGGGACCGGAGAGAAUGGAUCUGUCCCUCCACUACCAGUGCGUGAUCGCGAGCAAGAUUUGGCGCUAGCGAGAGAAAAGGAACAACAACGUGAUCGCGUCAAGGAGAUUGCAAGCGAGAUGAAGGACCGAGAGAAGGCGUUCGACAAGGAAAAGCAGCGAGAAAAGGAACGAAGCAAGGAGGAAAAGCAGAGGAUGAGAGCAGUCGAGUCGUCAUCCUCUACCGUUUCCUCAACGUCACGCAAGACAACUCGAUCCAUGUUAUCUCGACCCAAAUCAAAACCGAAUUUACGUAUCGAUGUCAAAGCCACCACGGUGCCUCCACUGCCAUCUCCUUCGAUCCCGCCCAUGCCACACUCUGCACCCAUGUCGACAGCUUCAUCCUCUGCUUCGUCUGAGUAUUCUCAGACUCCGCCAUUGUCGUCGUCUCAUCCCUCCCUGCCUUCUACCAAAGGGACCACCAACAAGUCACCACCCGCUCCUCAAAGCAAUUCGUCAUCUCGUGGUCUCACCAAACGAUUCAGUCUUACCAACAUGAGUAGCGCUUUCAGAAGAUCACGAAAGAACCUCGUAGUGGUCGAUGCUCCUCCUGUGCCUCCGGUUCCUCAGGUUCCAGACUUACCAGACGUAUACAAGAAGGAAAAGGCUACAAAGUCUAAACCUUGGCAAUCUCUUUCAAAGCACUCAGCUCCACCCGUGUCAAAAGGUCACGUUCAAGCUUUACAGCAGGCAGCAUACGCUGCGCCUCAGGUGGCCAGGACUAGCUCGGUCCCAAUGCCCUCGAGCUCAAAGCUGAUCAAAUCGUCCUCUUUGCCGCAUGUCGAUUUUGGCGCGGAUCCAACUUUCCCCGAUAUGAAGGAUUUCAGCGGGCUAAGAGAUGAGCCUGUACCGGCAUUGACAGUCAAGGAUGAUCUUGAAGGAUCCGUCGACUGUCUGACCACGUCGGUGGCUCCAACCGGUGCGAAGCCAAUCAGCGUACCUCCAGCUGCGCAAGUUUCGCCCACCGCUUCCAUGUUCUCUGACUCUUCUUCGACGUUUGAGCUAGAACAAGAGCUAGACGAAGCUCAAGUCGUCUUGGUUUCUCCACGGACUCGAAGAGACCCCGCAGUCAGCCUCCAAGCCGUCAUGGGCAUCACACCUGGAUCCCGCAAACAUCAUUUUGUCGAAUCUCCCGAGGAAAAGCGAAGGAGCAUGCAAGCUAUCGUUGUUGGACCCUUAUUGGUACCUCUGACUCCGCCACCUCAAGAUCGUCAUCAGAUCCUUGGCGCUUUACUUGCUGAAUCUCCGACGUCUAUCCACCAGUCGACAGUCGAGAGCGGUGGGUCCACAUCGCCUUCGCCACCAGUCUUCCAUCGAUUGGAUUCACCACAGAUUCAAAUUGUCGAUCCAACUCCAACGCAAUCGCCCCAGUCUGAAAAUGAUGCAGACGACGGGCACGCCACGAUAAUGAGUCUCCGUCAAGGGAGUCCAGAGAUCAUUGUGACGACCGCCGUGACUAAGCGAGGAGGACCAUCACAAUCUGAAUCGGAAACUUCCCUGGAGUCUCUCGGUCGAUCAUCCGUUUCAUCUGAACCUUCCGAUUUACCUUGCGUCACGCCAGCUUCGCCAAAUUCAGAAUCACUCCAUUAUCCAGCUUUGAUCACGGCUUCGCUCAUCCCUGAUGUCCCGAGUUUAGAUAUCGGAUCAUCGCCUUAUCAAGUGACGGAUCUUCCUGGUGGCAUCGACAGUCCACUGAGUGCCAUUCAGAGACAUGGAGCGGCAACAGGAGGAGCAGAUGAGGAUCUGAUAGGACAAGCAGACGAAUCGCAAGAGCCGCUGUUGGGACCUGAACUUGAGUCAGAAUUUGAGGAAGAGGAGUCUGAUCUCGUCAUUGUUCAUCCAUCACCUUCGCUCAACAUUGCCGUCUCGCCCGUUGGCUCCCCAGGCAUGACGAGCCCCUCGACGACAACGGCGUCCUCUGCUGCUCGCGUGUCGGGCAAAUGGAGCCCUGAUACAAGUGGCUUGUUCAGGUUCUUAUCUGGCGCCAGUGAUCGAAACAGCCCUCGAUCCAUUGCGAGAGCUUUGAGACCAAAAUCUCUGUCAUCGCCCAAAGUCACGUCGGACAGUGCGUCCAAGAGUAGCCCAACGAGUGUAUCCAUGAUCAGAGGCGAUAGCGACAGCAGUGAUGCAACGACGAACAGUAUAGGAUUGGACAUACAUAGCUCAAGACCUUCUUCUCCGCUUUCGUUCCCUAUCCCACCGCCGCCGCCGCCGCCGCCGCCGCCUCCACCAACGAUGUCUGGAUCUGGCGACGCGUACACUAGUCUGGCUGCUGGCGUUCAGCUCAAAUCACUUCAUUUCGACUCGCUCAAUUUGGAUUUCGAUGGAUUCGACUGGUCAAAGUCGAGUAUCGGUGUGAGGGGUAUAGGCAUAGAUGCGAUGGAUGAUUCGGCGUUGGAGGAGGUCAUGUGA